UCUCCGCGCGGGCAACAUGUCGCUCUCCUACUUGUACGGGCGCGGCGGUGGCGAGGCGGAGGCGGAGGACGACGGCGUGGAGAUGGAGAGGUUCGAGAUCAGCGAGUGGGACCUGCAGAACGAGUUCAACCCCAACCGGCACCGGCACCGGCAGACCAAGGAGGAGGCCAUCUACGGCCUGUGGGCCGAGCGCGACUCGGACGAGGAGAGGCCCAGCUUCGGCGGGAAGCGGUCCCGGGACUACUCGGCCCCGGUGAGCUUCAUCAGCGCCGGGCUGAAGAAGGGGGCGGCGGCGGCGGCGGCGGAGGAAGGCUCCGACGAGGACUCGGAGGAGGAGGAGGGGGAGAGCGGGGCGCGGGCUGAGGAGCCCCCCAAGGAGGUGCUGCCGAAGAAGCUGAAGACGGGCGGCAACUUCAAGCCCAGCCAGAAGGGCUUCGUGGGCGGCAGCAAGUCCUUUGCCGAUUUCGGCAGCUGGGAGAGGCACACCAAGGGCAUCGGGCAGAAGCUCCUGCAGAAGAUGGGCUACGUGCCUGGCAGAGGCCUGGGGAAGAACGCCCAAGGUAUCAUCAACCCCAUUGAGGCCAAGCAGAGGAAAGGCAAGGCAGCGAUUGGCGCAUACGGCUCAGAGCGAACCACACAGUCCUUGCAAGAUUUCCCCAUUGUUGACUCUGAUGAGGAGGAGGAGGAGGAAUUUCAAAAGGAACUCAGCCAGUGGCGGAAGGACCCCAGCGGGGGCAAGAAAAAGCCCAAGUAUACCUACAAGACGGUGGAGGAGCUGAAAGCGAAGGGCAGGGCGGGCAAGCAGCUGUCUGCCCCUCAGAAGGAGCUGGCGCAGGUCAAGGUAAUUGACAUGACGGGUCGGGAGCAGAAGGUUUACUACAGCUACAGUCAGAUCAGCCAGAAGCACAACAUUCCGGAGGAUGGUCCCCAGCAGCAGCUGCCAGUCUUGGGCAAGGACGCCAGGACACCAACGUUCUCCCUGCCAGAGCUGGAGCACAAUCUGCAGCUGCUGAUCGACCUGACAGAGCAGGAAAUCAUCCAGAAUGACCGGCAGCUGCAAUAUGAGCGGGACAUGGUGGUCAACCUGAGCCACGAGAUUGAGAAGAUGGAGAAGGUGCUCCUGCAGGAGGAGACUGAUAUCCGCAACCUCAGCGAGGUGCUGGACCUGGUGGAAGAGUGCGAGAGGCGGAUGCAGCCCAACUGCGAAGACCCCCUGACUCUGCCUGAGUGCGUCAAGAUAUUUGAGACCCUCCAGGAUAAGUACUAUGAAGAGUACCAGAUGUCAGACCGCGUGGACCUGGCCGUGGCCAUCGUCUUCCCUCUGGUCAAGGACUACUUCAAGAACUGGGACCCCCUCAAGGACUGCACAGCCGGCACGGAGAUCCUGGCCAAAUGGAAAGCCUUGCUGGAGAACGAUCAGUUGCUCUCUCACAGUGCACAGGAUCUCGGCUCAGAUGCCUUCCACAGGUUGAUGUGGGAAACGUGGAUGCCGUACGUGCGAAACAUUGUGGCCCAGUGGCAGCCCCGCCACUGCAUCCCGAUCGUGGACUUCCUCGACAGCUGGAGGCACAUCAUUCCGGUCUGGAUCCUAGAUAACAUUCUGGACCAGCUGAUCUUCCCCAAACUACAGAAGGAGGUGGAGAAUUGGAACCCCCUAACUGACACCGUGCCCAUCCACUCGUGGAUACACCCCUGGCUGCCCCUGAUGCAGGCCCGGCUCGAACCCCUCUACUCGCCCAUCCGCAACAAGUUGUCCAACGCCCUCCAGAAGUGGCACCCCAGCGACUCCUCGGCCAAGCUGAUUCUGCAGCCCUGGAAGGAGGUUUUCACUCCAGGCUCGUGGGAGGCUUUCAUGGUCAAGAACAUUGUGCCCAAACUGGGCCUGUGUCUCAACGAGCUGAUCAUCAAUCCGCACCAGCAGCACAUGGACGCCUUCUUCUGGGUGAUGGACUGGGAAGGGAUGAUCUCCGUCUCCAGCCUGGUGGGGCUUCUCGAGAAGCACUUCUUCCCCAAGUGGCUGCAGGUGCUCUGUUCUUGGCUCAGCAACAACCCCAAUUAUGAGGAGAUCACCAAGUGGUAUCUGGGCUGGAAGUCCAUGUUUUCCGACCAGGUGCUGGCCCACCCCUCCAUCAAGGAGAAGUUCAACGAAGCCCUGGACAUCAUGAACAGAGCGGUCUCCUCCAGCGUCGGGGGCUACAUGCAGCCCGGUGCACGGGAGAACAUCGCCUACCUCACACAUACAGAACGCCGGAAGGACUUCCAGUACGAGGCCAUGCAGGAGCGCCGAGAAGCCGAGAACAUGGCCCAGCGUGGGAUCGGCAUGGCCGCUAGUUCUGUGCCCAUGAACUUCAAAGACCUCAUCCAGACCAAAGCAGAGGAACACAACAUUGUCUUCAUGCCCAUCAUUGGGAAGCGGCACGAGGGGAAGCAGCUCUACACUUUCGGGCGCAUCGUCAUCUAUAUCGACCGGGGGGUGGUCUUUGUGCAGGGCGAGAAGACCUGGGUGCCCACGUCUCUGCAGAGCCUCAUCGACAUGGCCAAGUGAGCAGGAGGGGCUCAAAGGGCUACUCCACCUCCCCCAUCCCAGAAAGUGCUUAUGCCUCCUUGUAAAAGGAAGAGGGGCUGGAAGGACCCAGCCCUGACUUCAUCUGUAAAUAAACUGCAUGCUUUAUUCUG